AUGACGAAAUCUUUAAAACAUCCGUCCAGUUCGUCCCUGUACGACAAUAAUGAAAUAUUUUCAGUUGUUUACAAACAGCGCGCGCUCGUAUCGCGACCACCCCCUGGUUCAGAUCUCAGUCAGGUGUCGAGCAUGUUGCUGCUGCUGCUACUGCUGCCGUUUCUACUAGACCUGCUCGGCGCUAGAGUAUCAGGAAAAGAAACUACACAAGAAUGUAAGCCCUAUGAGAGUACAUUCAGCGAGGACUGCCCUCCUGCCGAUUGGUGUAUAGGUUGUACUGUUUGCGAUUGUGACACUCAUGGAAAUUGGAACUGUCAUAUACUUAGCUUCUGUCCGGACAAAAAUAAUAAAAUAAAAACAACCAAAAAACCUUUACGAAAACCAAGAAAACCGCAAACGAAGAAUUCUGCCCCUAAACCAACAAAAACCACUAUUAAAAAUACGAAAUCAACUCGAUCCACAAAAACUACGAGUAGACCGAAUAGACCUGUAAAACGACAAACAAACAAGGUCAAAGAUACAGUCAAACAAACACAUAAAGCAAGUAAAUAUAUAAAAAAGAACAACAAACCUUCAUCGAAGCCGUUGAUAAUACGUAAAGGUAAAGAAACGAAAAAACCGAUGGUUUUAAAAUCAACCGAUAAUGGUUACAGGCUUAACGACUCAGACAGAGAGUUGAUAACAAAAGAAGUAUUGAAGAGUGUCGUGACGGUGAUGCAGAAGAUGUUGAAUAACAGUCAAAUGAUAAAUGCCCAACUACUGAAAGUAUUGCCAAGCCCAAAAAGCAUUCAGAAGCGAUCGAAUAAAAGGUGGCGUAGAAAUUUUACCUAUACGCAAAAGCCACCAUUGCCCAAACCAAAAAAUCGACGUUAUAAAAAUAAACAACUCAAUACUAACCGAAGAGGAUUUACUAAAGAAGCAUUGAAAAGAUCUAAGAGAGAUGUAACUGUUACUGAAAUUUAUGGAGAGAGACAAAUUUAUAAAACCAUAAGAGCAGAUAAACAAAUAUUAUCGAAUAAUGGGACUUUGCUAAAUGCAACUAAACAUGAUGAUUAUUUUAAAUACUUUGUUGUUACUGAAAAACCUUAUACUGACAUAGCUGAGCAACAUACAUUUCGUAUAAUAAAUGCUGAGAAUUAUAAUAAUAAGGAUGAAAAUUCAGUGGCAGAGGCUGUAAAAACAGAAAAAGAAUUUAGUAUAGUAGCAGAAAAUUUGGGAUACAAACCGAAUAUAUCUUUAAGCAUUGAAAAUGAAAUAAUAGGAGAAAGAUAUAUUCCUACCGAGCCUAUUAGUUAUUUAAACGAGAUAAAAAUUCACAAUGACAAUAUAUUUACAGCAAUAGAAAUAAACAAAACCAAGUUGCAUACCACUGAGAUGAACAGUACGAAAAAUAUUAAUAAUAUUUCACAAAUUCCUAAAAAUACGUUUAUGAGAAAAAUGUAUGAGACAUUGAAUAAGUUUGGAACUGAUCAAGAUAAAGGUGCAAUGAGUCAGGUGAGUUAUAAAAAUACCAAAAACGUUAACAGAACCACAACAGAAAUUGAACAAUUUUCAAGAAAUAUUAUUGAAAAUCUUAGGAAAUUGAAAAAUUUGGCGGAAAUGCUGAACUCUAGAAGUAGACGAAAAAGAAAUGUUAUGGAAGAUGAUGAUACUAUUGAAUAUUUAUUGACUUUAAUGGAGUAUAUGUUAAAACAAACUUAUCCUUUAGACACUGCUCCAGUUAAUGACGGAAUUGAUUUAUUGAUCGAUGCAAUUAAAAGUGCACCUGAUAUAAAACCUAUCAAAAAGAAAGUAUUACAAUCUUCUUAUAAAAGAAUUUCUAGAACAACCGAAGAGAUACCUCACAUAUUAUCUGACGAUGUUUCAUCAGAUUCUAGUAGAAAUUCCAAAGAAGAUAAUAUAACUUCUGUGCCAAGUGGUACUGCCGAAGAAGUAGUAGGACUAACUGUUGGACAGUACAAAGACGAUCAAAAUGGUCAUAAAAGUAUUUUUGAUGAGAAUACGGAAUCUGUAUAUUAUGUACGAGAUUUCACUACAGAUUCUACGACAAAUUUAAAUCAGAUAGUAGGAAGUAGACCAUAUGUUACUGAAAAUAAUAGUAAAGAAGUCCAAAAAGAUUCAAACCAAUUUGACAAAUUUGAAAAUGAAAAUGGUAAAAAGUUUGAAGUAUAUUCAGCAGAUAUGGAUGAUGACGAUUCGAGUGCGGAAAUCACAAGUACGACUGCUGUACCCGAGAAAGAGUUAGAAGUUAAGGCUAUGACUACUGAUGUUACAAUUGAUACUACGGAAUUAGAAAAACCAAUUGCUACACCAAAAAUAAAUGCCAAAGGAAAGAGUCGUAGUAGUGAGGGUUCGGAUAAGCCAGUAUCUAUUGACUGGCUAGACGACAGUUAUGAACAAGACAUAAAAGAAAAUGGUACAUCUUCGAGAACAGAGGCUACAAAAAUAGUAUCAUCUAGUCUAAAGCCUAUACUACAAAAGCACGGAGAUGUUGUCAGUAGCAUGACGAAAGAAUACAGUGAUGAACAUAUUAAGAAAGAAAAAGCAAAGUGGACCGCUGAGAAACUAAUGCGUCAGAAACAGAUGGAUUUGUUGAACUCCUUAGAUUAUGGUACAGAAAGAUCUGAAGUUGAGGAUGCUGACAGCAAAGAUGACAAAGAUGAUACGUUUUCUGCUGAUUAUAGUUAA